AUGUUGCUGCAGUGGUGCACUCUCGAGGCCUCAGGUCCAUCUGGUUUGGCUGCUGUCCGCUUUUCUGCCCCGUGCCGUGUCCAGUCCAUCCGCAUAUAUCCCUCAGGAGCUAAACCCUUUGCACAGAACCAGGACGUCGUCGCAACAACAUCGCCAGAAGCCUUCUUCUUAGAUGUGUACUUCAAUGCGCACCCUGUCCAACCACCCCCUACCCAAGCAGAUCCCAAGCAGAAGCAGAAGGCACCUCCCAAUGCUCUCGUGCCCACCACCAUCCCAUAUGCAGGCGGAGAGGCAGAGUUCAUCGUCAACAUGAGCAACUUCGCUACACGCCUCAUGAUAGUACGUGGAAGCUUUGAGACUGUCUCGAUGGCGAUAUACGGCAACCUCGUUAUAGAUGACGCCCUCCAACUUCCGCCUCAGAGCGCUGCCUCUUCGUCGACCAUCUUCCCUACUAAGCCAAUACCGCUCGCAGCGGCGCUUGACCCCGCAAACGCGGAUGACCCCACUGCUCUGGCUAGAGCCCUCCUCCAGCUCAUUCCCGGAUCACCGUCUCUGGAGCUCGCCAUAAGGCUCAUGUUCUGUCUGAAGCCCUCCAAUGACGACUGGGACCUCCCAGAGUUCCCGUAUUUGUAUACGGAUCUGUGCGAAGAAGACAUUUCUGUCGAGCUAGAUACGGCAUUCAAAAGUUUGAGCAAGCCUGUUGCGCCAGAUACGUCUGCCGAAGCUUUUCAGCGGUUUGCUGAGAAGAUCAGAGAUCCUGCUGGACCGAGGGACGACAUGGCCUACGUUAUUGCCGGCAUCCUGAACAGAGCUGCACCACAGACAUCCGUUUUUGCCGAAGCCUUGAUGGAAGCACUGGACAUCGAAGACAUCUUCGACGCCGACAGCCUCGACGAAGACACCCUCCUGCGGCUGCUCAGCGCCGCAGCGAACCCAGUCAUCGCUAAAGGCCUCCGCACGGAGCCGUUCCUCAACGUGCUGAAGAAGGUGCACUCGAGCCCAACAAUCGAGCGCGAGACGAAGGCCGCCGCGCGGAAGCUGGAGACGCGAAUACGCGCGUGGCGCGUCUGCGAAGGUGCGCUGUCAGGCGCAGACGGAGACGGGGAUGGGGCGGGGCCCGACUACGCUGCGGCUGCGGGCUUUAUGAAGGAGAUCGCGGUGGACGAGCAGUCGUUUGGCGCGUGGAUCGAGUAUAUGGUGACGAGCCCGGGGUUCUCUGCGAAGCGCGAGGGUCUUCACGAUGUGGACGCCGCCGGUGCCGAUAGGAGCAACGGCACCUCGGGCCCUCCGGUGCUCUGGGAUGAGGGGGUCUGUUCCGAAAUAACGCAUUCGGAGUUUAUGGCGUUUGUUAGGGCGUACGUGGGCGUGGCGUGCGUGCUCGCUGUGUAUGCGUGGUCAGACAGUCUGCCGAACGACAGCUGUCGCGAGCGGACGCUCGGUGUGCUCAGGCUGUGGCAGCAGACGCCAGGCUAUCGGGAGAUCCUCAACCACUUCCUCCUCCUCCGGCAAAUGUCCUUCCGCCUCGAAUGCAUGACAUCAGACAACGACCCGCCCACGCGCGCGGGCAUCCACGCGGAGCACAUUCUCCUCGCCCUCGCGGAGGACCCGCGCGCGUUCCUCCGGGGCGACUUUCUCAAGUGCGUGUUUGGCCUGCGCCAGCCGCUCUCGUGCAUCACGGAGGAGCAGCGGCUCGAGCUGCAGCGGCUCGCGGAGAUCGUGGAGGACGGGCUGGACGGGGCGGUGUUUGAGAUUGCGGACGCGGCGGCGCAUCCGCAGGAGCUUGCGGGCGGGGGUUGGGGUGAGGACGAGGGGCAGUCGCAGCAGCAGGGCCAAGGCCUGGGGGCGAAGCAGAGGAUACGACAGCUGAGGGUCGCAGGGGCUGUGGUGCGGGAGGUGUUCGAGACGCUUCUUCCGGACGAGAGCGUCCUGGAGCUGCGGGUGUGGCAGGACAACGCGUACGGGCUCGUGCACCACGUCGUGGACGUGCUCGGGCACAUCGCGGCCCAGCUCAAAGCGCGAAUGUUCAGCGCGCCUGGGUCCCGCCGCGCAGAGGACGCGGACGCGGGGACCGUGGACCAGCUCGCGCACCUGGCGAUCGACAUGCUGCGGCUGAUUGAACAUCUCGAUCCGGUCUCGCAGACGGUGACGACGCGCACGGUGCGGCAGCUCGUCGUCGCCAUCGCGGACAUAUCCUCGUGUGCGGCCGACGCCGCUGCGUCCGCCGAGCUCGGCGGGGUGCACACCGUGCUGCGCGGAACGUGCGAACGCGUCGUGCGGGUGCUCUCGCGACCGCCGUGGGAGGGCGGAUCGACGAGCGCUAACGCGGCGCGCUCAGCUGUUAUCCUGCAGACGCUGCUGCAGGCGGGUCUGCGCAUCGACGUCGACGCUGGUGCGGCGGCUGAUCCCGUGCGGCGGCUGCAAAGCGUGUAUGCCCUGGUAAACCAAGCGCUGCCUCUACCUCCUUCCUCGCCCCCCGCCGGCCCCUCUGCGUCGCUGGCACUCAAAGGCAUUACUUCCCCUUUUGCGCCGCCCGAGGACGACCUCGUCUACGGGGACGAGGACAGCCACGGGGGCUUCUUCUUCCUCCACGCUCACGACGACCCAGAGCAGCGGCUCGCGACGUGGCUCCUGAAGCUCGUCCCGCCCGUUCUCGCGCUGCUGCUGCGCUUCCUCCGCGCGCUCCCGGUGUGCGAUAAGCCGGUGUUCUUUGUGCGGCUGGCGGCGCUGGACCGCUGGGGGGCGGGCGGGGCGCUCGCGUUGGGGGAGUAUGUGCUUGAGGAGGAGGCGAGGAGGUUGCGGGAGACUGUGGGGAUGCUGGAGGAGGGUGAAGGCGAGGGUGGGUUUGCAAGGACGCGUGUGGGGGAAAGGGGAGUGGGAGUGAGAGUGGGAGAAGGGGCGGGACCGGGGGUUCAGGACGAGCUGUAUCGCGUGAUGCAGUAUGAAGCGAACGUGCUGUUUCGAUUUUUCAGGGAUGUCCUGGUUGGCCAGGCAGGGGCGGAGGUCAGGACGGGGGCUGAGGCGGAAGCGGAGGUAAAGAUGGAGAUAAAGGAAGAGGUGCUCGACGACGCGGCGGUGUCGGUAGGCGACGAAGACGAGGAUCAUCACGACGAUACCAGGGCCAACGCCUCUGAGGAAGACCACAAGACCAAGCGCGAAACCGGGCCUGACACCUCGGCCUCUGAGGAAGACGAAUGGAUCCAAGCAGCGUGCACGAACGAAGAGCUGGGUCGUCUCCUGGGGGAAAGCAUGCUCGCGUUCCUCGAGGUGCGCCUCUUUUCGGCGCACCAAGGUGUUCUCGCCAGCAGACUUUCGCGCGCCCCGUCGCUCGCACAUGCGAGUCGGGCUCUGCAGCUCGGUGUUGCGGCAACGUGUUUGCGCGGGGUGCAGCUCUUCGAGGAGAUCAAGGCCGACGGGGUCAGCCGGACGCCGUGGGCGGAUGCGGCGCGGGUGGUGUCGAUGCUUGAUGGACAUGGGGGUGUGGAAGAUGCCACCGAGGAGGUGAGGAGGGAGGUAGGGCCGGCGCUGGCGUGCGCAGCGGUCACUGUGGCUAAGGGUCUAGACGUGGAGGUUCAUGGGGUGGUUUCGAUUCUAGAGUGGUUUGUUUCAACCGGAGAGAAGGGUGGCAAGGGCAAGGUAAUGCUGAGCGGGCUCACACAGCCCGCGUGGACCGCGCUUCUCGCUGUGCUCGAGGCGAAACUCUCUACGCCCGAACGUGCCUCGCUAAGCAGCGCAAAGGCACGCCUAACAGUCCCCUCUCCGAACCAGCACCCUCAGCCGCCCAGCAUACCCACCACCUUCCUCUCAUCCGCCUCCUCCGAAGCCGACCUCGCACUCACGCCCGACGCGCUCAUCCGCCUCCUCACCCCCCUGUCCUCAUUUUCCUCUUCUUCCUCUCACCCCACCGGCACCUCACACGCCCCGCACGCACACCCGCACUCGCGGCCGAGCACCCCGCCGCCGCGCAAGACGCGCAGCAGCCCAGGGAAAGACGUCCUCGGGCUCGCGACGCUCUCCCCGCCAACGGCCGUGCUGCGCUCGCCCGCCGCCGCGCUCUCAUACGCGGGGCUCACGAAGACGUACACCCGGAACGACUUCCGGGCGCUGAGGCAGCUGCCGAGCGCGCGCCAGAACACGAGUCGGCUGCCGAGCAUGCAUGUCGAUGACUUUGAGCAAAGCGCGAGCGUGGCGGGCUCGUCGCCCGUGCUGCAGCCGCAGCCUGUGGGCGGUGUCAGUGUUUCGCCAGAGGGUCCGUCGGGGUACGGGAUCCUCGGGCCGCCGUUCAAUAUGCCUCAAUGA